AUGAUGCGAGGAGCGACGGACCUACGGAACACCAAGUUUGAAAUCGAAGACUUGCGACGAGAAAUUGUGCUCUUGCACUCCCAAAUCGAGUCUAGCGGUAAAGAAAAGGACGAGCUAUCUCAACGACUCAAGGCUGUCAAGGAUGCAGCGAAACAAAGCUUGCAGGCUAGCUCCAAGAGUCUCGAGGCUGUUCGCACAGCUAUGGGUGACCUGAAGACUCGAUCUGAGGAGUCUUUUGGCGCUAUUACAAACCUUCGCGCUUCUAUUCCUGAUGUGCAAGAACUUCGCAACUCUGUCUCUUCGAUGAUCGAGAGCAUACAACCUCAUCUCGAACCGGGUAAACAAUGGGCGGAGUCGACAGAGCUGAAAAACGUCAUGAAGACGCUAGAACUCGAGUGCUCAAGAAGUCAACAGGUUGUCGAUCUCCUGCGCGAUCGGUUGCAAUCUGUCGGAGGAGAGCUCGUGGAAGCAAAAGGUCGCAUAGCGGAACUUGAGGCGGCUCAAAGCGACGAUCGCGCCGCACUUCGCAAAGCAAAUGACAUAAUACGUGGCACAACCGGAGAAACAUCCGGCUUAGCAGCGUCUCUGAAGGAGCAACAGAACAAGCUGUGCGAAGUUCUUGCGGCUUCCGCCGAAUAUGAAGCGAAAUUACAGACUACGCAAGAGAGACUCGUUGAACUGCAAGAACUUGUCGCACGAAAAGACGCCGAACUCCAGACCCUCCAGACGGUCCAGCACGAAAAUGCAAGGCUUCUUGAGAUUGUUGCGGAGAAGGAUGCCUGCGUCGCUUCCCUUCGCGACAUUCAGCCUGAGGUUGACCGCCUUAAGGAUGUCGUCGUCAAGAAUGAGGCACACGCAGCUGCAUUGAGGGCUGCAAACUCGGAGAAAGACUCGCAGAUGACAGAUCUCGGAUCAAGGCUGAAGCGUUCAGAAGGCGAGAAUGCGGAGCUCAACAAGACUAUCCAGGAACUGAAGAGCGAAUUAGGAGCGAGCAACGCUCAUGGACAGGCAGUUUCGAAGGACAACGAGAGGUUGCUGAAGGAGAAAGGCGCCCUGACAGAUAAAAUCAAUGAUUUGGAGUCAGCUCUUGGCCGUAUGCGUCAAGAGCUCGCCGAUCGUACUGAUAAGUUACAGCAAGCGAAUAUACGCCGCCAGUCUCUCGAAGAACGAUUCGAAGAUCAAGCAAUCACCUUGCGGCUGACCCGGGAGUCCGCUGGUGAUGCUCAGGAACGAUUACUGUCCGCGGAGGCGGUGCAUGCCAAGGCCCUAGCGGAGGUCAAAGCCAAGCUCGAAUCGGACGUCUCGGUCUUGCAGGAGCAAAAGCUUGGCCUGCAGACUACGAUGGAUGUUAUGGACGUAGCACUCAAACGUCAGGAAGCGUCUUUGUCCGCCAUACAAGAAGAGCACGCCGAUCGGCUUAAGCAGCAGGAGUCGACAUUUGCUUCACGUCUCGAGAUGGAAGAGAAACGUCUGCAGCAGCUGGCAGAAGACCUCCGAGAAGCUCGCUCUCGAGCCACUUCAGCUGAAGAUCGCAAGCUUUCGCUUGACAAUGAGAUACGAGCCCUCCGAGAACAGCUUCACCAGGCGCAACUGCCAUGUCCGGAAAUCGAAACCGAACUUCGAAGACUCAGAUCCCUGGUUGCCACCUUGGAAGCUGCAGAGAUGAAGAAUAUCUUACGAGCCAAGACCCUGGACGCUCGCUAUCGUGUGGGAGAUCUAAACGACGAAGAGAAGGUCUUCAUUCAAACGCUCAUUCAGACCUCGCAAGCCAUACAUGAACAGGAACUCGUGGCCAGCCGCAAUGAGCUUCGUCGCCGAGACAAUGCGCUCAAGGAGAUGCGUGCCAAAGCCCACCGUCUUGAAAUCACGCUAGCAAAGCACCUCAAUGACAAGAAGGCCGUACCCAUCCCAACACCAGUGGACCAUUCUAUGAUCGACCCUACCUCAUGGAUGUCUUCCGCGCAGAGCAGCUCUCCCGCGCAAGCCCCUGAUAGGGAUGGACUGCAACCUACCAACGUUGACAUUACGAUAUCAACGAAACGAACCCCAGCAGUACUGCAUACUGAUCGUCGCGCAGCUGCUCCAGAUAGCGCGUCCGUGCAUGUUACCUCAGGAAGAGAUCUCCCUGCUCAGAGUCCAGCGCCUCAGGGUUUCCAGAAGACGACGCCUCCUGACCCUGCAAUCAACAAGAAUGCGAACAAGCCCUACUUUAGCAGGCUGGCCACUGACUGUUCUGACGAGAUUCUUGACUUUGACGAUGACGUGCUGUCAAUGCGGAAACCGACGCCACCUUCUUCUCUCGGUAAGCGACGCAAGUCCAAGUCCCCGUUCAAGACCGCGGACGAACUUCAGGCACCGACACCCUUCAAACGCUUGAGAUCUACCGUCCGGAAGACGGAGAUGGGAGGAAACCAGACCGUCAUGACCGCUCCGAAGAAGUCUCUCCAAGCCAGUGGUUCCAAGCCCAAAGCUCGGAAGCGACGCUAAGUCCGGCGUCGCAAUGCACUUCGACAUUCUCUUGUGUCUCUUCGAUCGAGACUCUAGCGUUGGUUCUCUGGUCUGCUGCUGGCUGGCGCUUCUCAGUCUCGAAUACACAAGCUCUAAUAAAGUUUCGUCGCUCGCUCGGCAUGUCUGGGCAAU